AUGGCCACGAGUGAAAAUAUUUGGUCGACAUUUAUUACGACCAGACAAAUAUCAUCAAAUUAUUAUACAAUAUCAACAUGUCUCACAGAUCUUCUACAUCGUUGUUCACUAAAUUCGACAUUAUUUUAUAAUCUUUCUCAAACAUUAUUUUCUUCGUCAUCGAUUGAUCAAAUAAAACUUCUAAAUGAUUAUUCGAAUAUUAUAAAAACUAUAUUAAAACAAAAUCCUUUACAUACGAAUAUCCUACAAAAUAUUCGUCGACUUUUUCGUUCCGAUCCAUGUCUCAAAGAAUUAUUUUCAACCAUUGUUGAUGAACAUUGUCAAUGUCAGCAAUGCGGCUGUAGAAUAUUGAAUAGUAUUACUGAUGUGAUUCAUGAUGUUGAUGAAAUAAAAUCAACAUUAUUCAUUGAAUCGAAUCAAAUCUCUUGUACAUGUUUUCGAUGCAACGAUCCGAAUCAAUUAAAAACGUCAUCAUUUAAAAAAUUGAGCCCAUGUUUAGCUUUAACAGUAAAUCGAUUGCAUAUUAAUGUAAACGACCGUUUCAUUCAUACACAAGGUGUUACUUACGAUAUGAUUUAUAUUAUUGAAUUUGACGUAACACUGCAUUCCAUUUUAAAUGUCUAUCAACGUCAAGAUAUCGACUUUAUGAUAGUCGAUGGAAACGAUAUAUCCAGUCGACGAUCAACCAUUGAUAGUCAUGGGAAGUUUCUUACACUUUGGAUGAGUCGAAAAUGUUAUCAGUUAGAUUUAACAUUAGAUAGUGAUAAACUUAUGCCAAGUCAAAGUACCAAUUCUAAUAGUUUUGAUGAACUAGAAUCAGUAUCCCCGGCAACAACAGCCAGUGAAGGAACAUCGGAUGAUAAUGAUACCACGACUAGUAUUUAUUUAACAUUAUUUCAGUCAAAACUUGAACACGAUCAUACCGUUAAUUCACUAGCACUUCAUAAUCGGUCAUUAGAGCAAUUAUCACCAACUCGAAAAUCUAAACGAAUGGAACCAUAUACAACAGCAUAG